AUGCUUUCAGUAGUGUCAAUGUGACAUUACAUACGCAAAUCCACUUUAUAGAGUAGUUGUUAGUUUGUUAAGUUAAUGGAGUAGUUGCAUUUCCAUCUCAUGUGGACUUAAUAAAAAACAGUCAAAUUCAAGAAUUUCUUCUAACUACAUUUCAGUUCAUUAUCCCAAUAACAAAAUAUAACAUGGAUUCUCCUCUGUUGCAUGAAUUCAAAAGGCAGGCUUCCUUCUUCCUCAAAGAGAAAAUCAAGACUGCUCGACUCGCGCUUACAGAUGUUACUCAUACUCAACUGCUGGCAGAAGAAGCUACAACUGGAGAUUUGAUUGCACCAAACAUGCAAACCAUGAGGCUAAUAUCGCGUGCGGCCUUUGAAGUUGAUGAUUAUUGGAGGAUAGUUGAUAUUCUACAUAAGAGGUUGUCGAAAUUUGAUAGAAGAAAUUGGCGACCAUCUUAUAAGGCUGUGAUGUUAUUGGAAUACCUGUUAACUCAUGGACCAGAAAGUAUUGCAGAGGAGUUUCAAAGUGAUGAAGAUGUCAUCAGAGAGAUGGAAAGUUUUCAAUAUGUUGAUGAAAAAGGGUUUAAUUGGGGAUCAAGUGUUAGAAAGAUGUCAGAGAGGGUGAUAGAGCUAUUGGAAGACAGGAGUUUCCUGAAAGAGGAGAGGCAGAGAGCGCGAAAAGUGACAGUUGGAAUAAAAGGAUUCGGGAGUUUCUGCAAUCGCCCUGUUUCAGGGGAAGAUAGCAUGAAAGACGAGAGGUACCUGAGAAGCAAUUCUGAUUGCCAAAACAAGGAGAACCAAAUCAUGGGCUCAGAGACUAUGUUCAUUUGCAAGCAAAGAUUGGCAAAUGCUCUUAUAAUACACAAGAAUGAUCCAAUUAGUGAUGCCAUGGAAUGGAAUCAACAUCCAUUUUGUGAUAUCAGAGAUAAUCAUAGCCAAGCUUCAUUGCUUUCCACCUCUGGAUAAAGCAGCAAAGGAAUAUCGCUAUCGUGGGAAAAAAAGAAAAGAAAAACUUAUGAUAGAAAGCUCUAUUUGAUCUAAGUUAUCAAGUAUAUAAUGAAGGUGUGAUUUCUGGCGACUGUUGUAUAUCACUGUUUGAUUUGGUGUGUUAAGGACAAUUUUGUCUAUAUCCAUGUAUUAUCGCUUUAUUAAUAU